AUGACCGCAAUAGUCGCGGAAGAAAAUACUGAAAUCGAUUGGGGAAAUGAGAGGUUAACUCGGGCUCAAAAAGCUGUCGAAGCCAAUAUCUACGAUGUGGAUUCGUGGUCUUUACUAAUACGGGAAGCCCAAACUAGACCUAUUAACGAUGUACGAACUAUGUAUGAGAAACUUAUAACAGCAUUUCCAACUACGGGCCGGUACUGGAAAAUUUACAUUGAACAAGAGAUGAAAGCCAGAAACUUUGAAAAAGUUGAAAAGCUGUUUCAGCGCUGUCUGAUGAAGAUCCUCAAUAUCGAGCUUUGGCGCCUUUAUCUCAAUUACGUGAAAGAAACGAAAUGUAUGCUGCCUACAUACAAAGAAAAAAUGGCGCAAGCGUAUGAUUUCGCACUGGAUAAAAUAGGACUGGAUAUUCACGCGUACCCAAUAUGGAACGAUUAUGUAACAUUUCUGAAGGCGGUCGACGCUGUCGGAUCCUAUGCCGAGAAUCAGAAAAUUUCUGCUGUUAGAAAGGUAUAUCAAAGAGCAGUCAUAACUCCGAUAAUUGGUAUUGAAACUCUGUGGAAAGACUACAUAGCAUUUGAGCAAGGAAUUAAUACAAUAAUUGCCGAGCGUAUGGCGAUGGAAAGGUCUCGGGAAUAUAUGAAUGCACGUCGUGUGGCUAAGGAGUUGGAAACGGUCACGAGGGGCCUUAACCGGAACAUGCCCGCUACACCACCCACCGUAGAUAGAGAAGAGAUGAAACAGGUUGAGUUAUGGAAAAAAUAUAUAACAUGGGAAAGAAGCAACCCUCUCCGCUCAGAAGACACGGCGCUAGUAGCCCGGCGUGUGAUGUUUGCCAUCGAACAAUGCUUGCUUUGCCUUGCGCACCAUCCAGACGUAUGGCAUCAGGCCGCUCAGUUUCUCGACCACUCCUCAAAAUUGUUACAAGAGAAGGGGGACUCAAAUGCGGCGCGCUUGUUUUCCGACGAAGCAGCGGCAGUUUACGAGCGGGCUACAAGCGGCCCUCUCAAGCAGUCUACGUUGUUGCACUUUGCGCACGCUGACUAUGAGGAGAGCCGACUGCACUACAACAAGGUGCAUCAAGUAUAUACAAGAUAUUUGGACAUGGAGGACAUUGACCCCACGCUAGCAUAUGUUCAAUACAUGAAGUUCGCACGUCGGGCUGAAGGCAUCAAAUCUGCCAGGACAGUGUUCAAACGCGCCAGAGAAGAUGCCAGAUCCCGUUACCACGUUUUCGUAGCCGCAGCACUAAUGGAGUAUUACUGUUCGAAAGACAAAAAUAUCGCGUUCCGUAUCUUCGAGCUUGGCCUUAAAAAGUUCUCACAUAUUCCUGAAUACGUACUCUGUUACAUCGAUUAUCUGUCGCAUUUGAAUGAGGACAACAACACACGUGUGUUAUUCGAGCGUGUGCUGUCAUCAGGCAGUCUCAAACCAGAGAGCUCGGUGGACAUCUGGAAUCGCUUCCUGGAGUUUGAGUCCAAUAUUGGUGAUUUAGUCAGUAUAGUUAAGGUGGAGAAAAGACGUCAGGCAGUUCUUGAAAAGAUCAAAGAGUUUGAGGGUAAGGAGACAGCGCAACUAGUUGACAGAUACAAAUUCCUUGACUUGUAUCCUUGUAGCAUAGCUGAAUUGAAAUCCAUCGGUUAUACAGAGGUAGCAUCAAUGUCUAACAAAUCAUGGGCCCUAGGAGGACCAUUAGCAGGAAUUUCACCAGAAUUGGCUGCUGUCAUAUUGGGACAAAAAGAUAAUGAUCCAAACAAAGACAUUGCUCGUCCUGAUACAAACCAAAUGAUUCCUUACAAGCCCAAAGUGAAUCCUUUGCCAGGGGAACAUCCAAUACCAGGUGGAACGUUCCCAAUGCCGCCGGCUUGUGCACACCUGUGCACAUUGAUGCCGCCGCCAUCUUGUUACCGCGGUCCAUUCGUGGCGGUCGAUCGUCUCAUGCAAUUGUUCAACCGAAUAACGUUGCCUGAUAAACCUCCAGCGCCAACACAAGAGAACGGCUGCGACACGAAACUGUUUGACCUGGCGCGUUCCGUGCACUGGAUCGUUGAUGACGAGGGAAUCACCACUGUAUCCAAUAAGGUGCGACGAAGAAAAAUUGGCGAAGACUCAGAUGAUGAUGACUUAGGCGUUGCUCCACCGGUCAACGACAUCUAUCGACAGCGACAGCAAAAACGGGUCAAAUAA